AUGAACGUCAUGGAAAGCUCUCCGUACGAGCCUUUUGUCAGGUUUGACUAUGUCCGACUGGCAUCCAUCACGGCAGGCUCCGAGAACGAGGUCACGCAGGUGAACCGCUGCCUGGAUGCCGCCAAAGCCUGUAACGUGGACGAGCUGUGCCAGCGACUCCGGACCGAGUACGUUUCCUCCUGUAUCCGUCGGGGGCCCCGGGCGGACCCUUGCAACCGCUCCAAGUGCCACAAGGCGCUGCGGAAGUUCUUUGACCGGGUGCCGCCCGAGUACACGCAUGAGCUCCUGUUCUGUCCCUGCCUCGACACGGCCUGUGCUGAGAGACGCCGGCAGACGAUUGUGCCCACCUGCUCCUACGAAGCCAAGGAGAAGCCGAAUUGUUUGACGCCGCUGGACGCCUGCCGGGGAAACUACGUUUGCAGGUCUCGUUAUGCCGAGUUCCAAGUCAACUGCCAGCCUUCUGGGCUCCUCUCGGGAACCGGAUGCCAGAAAGAGAACUACGCCGCCUGUCUGUUGGCCUACACCGGCAUCAUCGGCAGCACCAUCACACCCAACUACAUCGAUAACUCGACCGCCAACAUUGCACCCUGGUGCACCUGCAACGCCAGCGGGAACCGGCAGGAAGAAUGCGAACGCUUCCUGCACCUUUUCACCGACAACCUCUGCCUCCAAAAUGCCAUCCAGGCCUUCGGCAACGGGACGUAUCUGAGUGCCGCCACCAGCCCGUCCACCUCGCCCACCACCCAGAUGAGAAAGCAGGAGAGGAACACCGACAAAGUGGCUGCCACCCGCCAGGAGAACGUCCUGGAACAGCUGGAACCCACCAAGGUGUCCGCAGAAGAGAAGCUGUUGCACGACGCAUCUCACCUUGGAGCUGGAGCCUCGGACGCUGCCCUGGCGCUGACCGUUGACCUCUGGAUGAUGGUGUGGAGCUCCACGGCCACCAGUACUGUCCUCCUGAUGGCCAUGUGAACCAGCCUGAGGCCUUGCUCAAGACCGCCCACCAACCGAGGAGCUACUCGGGUCUUCUAUUUUCCAACUUGGGACUCAGGAAGGUGGUCGCACCCAAAACCACCAUCCUCCGCGUGGACUUUGUAGUAAGAGAAGAGGACAAAACAAAACAAAACAAAAAAGAAACUCAUCCCAUGAGCUUGUCUCUGAAUAUCUUUCUGGAGAGCAAGGAUGGUUCUCCAGCGAAAGAGUCAACCAUGAAUGUCUUCAAGAACUUCUGCGCACUUCAUCAUCGACGUGAAGUCGCAGACAGGAACCAAUUCACACAAGCGUCUUUUUCUUCAUCUUUGACCAGUGAGUCAAAGCUGCCUUUUCUUUCUUCUUCUUCUUCUUCUUUUUCUGGUGCAAUGAAGCCCUCUUGCUUGAGAAUGAGAAGCUCUUGAUGUCUUCUGGGAAAACCUUCCGAAACCAGGUGGAGAUCCAAGUUCUCCAUGCUUGGCGUGAGAUGAUUGCUCUGCCACCCCAAACCAAUGUGAUGUGUGGUAUCAAAAUUGUGCCCAGCCCCCUUAUUUUUCAAAUGGUUUUAAUGAAGUCGAGCAAGGCCCGACCCCCCCACCCCACCCCACGCCCCCAGAGUGUCUACACAACCCAACGAGAAGAACCUUCCAGCCACAGUGAUCUGGUGAGAACCAGAAAGUAGGGAGAUGUGUUUUGAGAGGUGGUCUUGGGUGGGAUCUUUGCUGGAAGAUGGAAAUUGUCCACUCUUCUUAUGGGCAAUGCAUCGCUUGGGUUCGGUUGAGGUUCUUCACCAAGGGAGCUUUGUACAGGAACUGGAAAUUCUCCUACGGGGUUGACGUGUGGUGUGUCUUUCCGGGGACAUCUUCUGAU